UGGAUUGCUCAGAUCAGCUCAGGAGCUGCAACGCGACGGUCGCACUCCGAAACUCUGCGCGACUUUGUAUGGUUGUUUCGCUUCGUUCAAAAACAUCACAAGUAAACAUUACCGGGAAGAAAUAAAAAUACAUUGUUAUUUGGUUUCGGGUACAUCAAAUAUUGAUAUAAUUCCUAUAAGUCAAUCAAUUUCGUAUUCGGCUCUAUAAAAAGCUUUUGACGGGACGAAAUUCGUGCAAAGGCUCAAGAAAUUCGGCAAAUAAAAGUGUAUAUUUUUUUCGAAGCCCCAAUCAGGCUUUAUUUGUUUUUGGUUUCAUAUUUUUGUUUUGUCAACCAAGUCAACUGCCAAUCCGACUGCUUUUUUUGGGCUCGGCGACAGUUAACGACUGGGGUAAAGAUGACACAUCAGGGCAUUGGUUGCUUGGUCAAGUGGUUCUAUCUGGUGCUGAUCGUGCACACGCUCCUCUGCAUCGGCCAGCUUGAGUGUCGCCAGCACCACAAUCGGAAUAACAAUAACAAUAACAGAAGAUCGGACUCCUCCAGCUCUGAGGAGAACCAUGGCAACACCAGCGAUGGCCUGGACAACUUUGCCGACCAGGAAGGCGGAUUGGGUAAUCAACCACGACGAGGCCAGCGAAAGAAACAUCAGGGCGGCGGCGGCGGAGGAGGAGGAGGAGGUGGUGGCGGCGGCGGCGGAAACGGAGGAGGCGGUGGCAACCGGCACAAUCGCAACGAGGAAAGCGGCAUCUCGCUGUGGAUCAACGAACAGCAGCUUAAAAUGCUGACCGCGCUCUACUUUCCGCAGGGCUACUCGGAACGCCUGUACGCCAUCCACAACAGCCGGGUGACCAACGAUUUGCGCGACACCACACUGUACAACUUCCUGGUGAUCCCGUCCGAGGUGAACUACGUGAACUUCACGUGGAAGUCGGGCCGUCGCAAGUACUUCUACGACUUUGACCGCCUGCAGACGAUGGACGAGAGCAUACUGAAGGCGCCGACGCUGUCCAUCCGGAAGAGUGGCCGCAUUCCGCAGGAGCAGAAGAAUUUUAGCAUCUUCCUGCCCUGCACCGGCAACAGCUCCGGCACCGCGUCCUUCAACGUCGGCCUCAAGAUCCAGACGCGCCACAACAAGCCGCUCUCGGGCACACCCAUUCGCCUCAACUUCAAAAAGGAAUGCGCCCACAGAGGUGUGUAUGAUAUAGACGCUUCCAACCCUACUUCACUAACAACUUUGCAAGCUCCCGAUCCAGAAUGCAGCUUGAAGUGCGGCAAGAACGGCUACUGCAACGAGCACCACAUCUGCAAGUGCAAGGUGGGCUAUACGGGUCAAUAUUGCGAGACGGCCUUCUGUUUCCCGCAGUGCCUCAACGGUGGCAACUGCACGGCUCCGUCCAUCUGCACCUGUCCGGAGGGCUACCAGGGCACCCAGUGCGAAGGUGGUAUUUGCAAGGACAAGUGCUUGAAUGGCGGCAAGUGCAUACAGAAGGACAAGUGCCAGUGCUCCAAGGGUUACUACGGCCUGCGCUGCGAGUACUCCAAGUGCGUGAUUCCCUGCAAGAAUGAGGGCCGGUGCAUCGGGAACAAUAUGUGCCGCUGUCCCAACGGAUUACGGGGUGAUCACUGUGAGAUCGGCAGGAAGCAGCGAUCCAUCUGCAAGUGCCGGAACGGAACCUGCAUCUCCCACAAACACUGCAAAUGCAAUCCGGGAUUCUAUGGGCGCCACUGCAACGGCCGCAAGCGACGACAUGACCACCGAAACGACGACGACUUCAAGUUCUAGCCCAAUUGUGACUUUUCCACGGGCUUCCGUCGUACACGAUGAUCUAUUGUAAUAUUCAUUGAAAUUGCAACAUUUUUCUAUUAAAAAGCACUACCACCAUAACAACAACAACAACAACAACCACAACAACAGCGAGAAAAGGAUGAAACGAAAAUAAUUCUAAUUGUGAUAAAAUUUUUUUGUAAUUUAACAUUUUUAAAUAAAAACGAAAUCUAAGAA